CUGAAAGGGUGCUACAACUCCCAUCACCCUCAGUUACAACACUUUACUACAGGGGUGCUACAACUCCUAUCACCGUCAACUACAACACUUUACUGAAAGGGUGCUACAACUCCUAUCACCCUGAACUACAACACUUUACUGAAAGGGUGCUACAACUCCCAUCACCCUCAGCUACAACACUUUACUACAGGGGUGCUACAACUCCCAUCACCCUCAGCUACAACACUUUACUACAGGGGUGCUACAACUCCCAUCACCCUCAGCUACAACACUUUACUGCAUGAGUGCUACAACUCCUAUCACCCUGAACUACAACACUUUACUGAAAGGGUGCUACAACUCCUAUCACCCUCAACUACAACACUUUACUGCAUGAGUGCUACAACUCCUAUCACCCUCAACUACAACACUUUACUGCAUGAGUGCUACAACUCCUAUCACCCUGAACUACAACACUUUACUGAAAGGGUGCUACAACUCCUAUCACCCUCAGCUACAACACGUUACUACAGGGGUGCUACAACUCCUAUCACCCUCAACUAUAACACUUUACUGCAAGAGUGCUACAACUCCUAUCGCUCUCAACUACAACACUUUACGGAAGGGGUGCUACAACUCCCAUUACCCGCAACUAAAACAUUUUACUGCAGGAGUGCUGCAACUCCUAUCACUCUCAACUAUAACACUUUACUGCAAGAGUGCUACAACUCCUAUCACCCUCAACUACAACACUUUACUGCAGGAGUGCUACAACGCACAUCACCCUCAACUAUAACACUUUACUGCAGGGGUGCUACAACUUCUAUCACCCUCAAUUAUAACAUUUCACUGCAGGGGGUGCUACAACUACUAUCACCCUCAGCCAUAACACUUUACAUAAGGGGUGCUACAACUCCUAUAACCCUCAGCUAUACCACUUUACUGCAGGGAUGCUACAACUCCUAUCACCCUCAACUAUAACACUUUUCUGCAGGACUGCUACAACUCUUAUCACCCUCAACUUUAACACUUUACUGAAGGGCUGUUAUAACUCCUAUCACCCUCAGCUAAUACACUUUACUGCAAGGGGUGCUGCAACUCCUAUUACCCUCAGUUAACACAGUUUACU